AUGCCUCCCGGCGGCGGGGCGCCUGAGCCCUGCCCGCCGCGUCCCCGCGAGGUCGCGGCCUCCGCCCUGGCCGCCCGGGUCCGCGCUGGGCCCGGGCCAACCGUCCGCAGCCGGUGUGGGCGCGGGGGGCCGGGGGCGCGGGGCCGGGCCGCACGCCGAGACACACUGUUGCACGUCCGCGCCGGCGUCGGAGCAGGCCGAGGGCACCGCUCUGACACGCGGAGCCCGCGCGCGUGCUCACCAGCGGGCACGCACGUGCACACGGGGCUGCUGGACGCCGGGCCCCGGGCACGGGUGGGGACUCGCGGGCGGCGGAAGGGGCCUCCGAGCCUCUGGGCUGAGCACGAGCGGCCCGGGGGCCGAGCGGAGCGGAGCGGACGGCGCGGGGCGGGACGGCGGGGGGGAGGAGGGCCCGACCCACCCGGCCCGCGCCGCCGCCGCGAGGCCGCCCCGCCUCGCCCGGCACUAAUCCCGGACAUCUGUCGGUCCCGGACAUCUGUCGGUCCGGCCGAGCUGCCCUCAGCCUGGCGCGCAUGGCUGCUCUUCGUCAAUAGGGGGGGGGCUCCCCAAGGGACCCUCGGACGGACCCCGCCGCGCGCCGGCGCCCGCACCCGCACCGGGACCCGCACCCGCCGCGCCGCCCGAGCCGCGCAGUGGGAAAGUUUCUCGCCAGUCCCCACGCGGGAGUCGGAAGCCGGCCCGGCUCGCCGCGCGCCCCCCGCCGCCCCGGCGCCCGCCCGGCCCCGCGACCCCGCCACGGGGACCGCGCUCACGGGCUCACGGCGGCGGGGGGACCCCCGCGGGGCGAGACGGACGGCGCCCGGCGCCGCGGGGACCCGAGCGCGGGGCCGCGUCCCAACUUCGGGCGAUGCCCCCCCACCCCGACCCACUGUGGAGCCCCGAGAGCCGCCCGCCGCCCGCCUCGCCGGCUGCCCGCCCGGCUCCCUGCCCGCCCGCCCGCCGCCCGCGCCCGGCGUCGCUUACCUCGGGGCCGCGGCGGGCACCGGAUCGCGGGGAGAGCAGCCGGAGCCGAGUGCGGGCGGCGGCGGCGGCGGCGGCGGCGGCCGAGCCCGGAGUCCCGCGCGCCCGCGUCCCCGCGCGCCGGGCGGAGCGGAGCGCAGAGCCGCGCAGAGCCGCGCAGCGCCGGCCCCGGGGCGGCCUCGCCCGGCCUCGCGUCGCCCCGCCGGUCACUGGGCGCCGGCCAUCGUCACGGCCGCCGCGGCGCGUGAGGAGCUCGCCCGCGACACCCGCUCGGCCGACGCCGGGGCUGCGGGGCCGGGGUCACGUCGCGGGGCCUGGGUCACGUCGGGGCUGCGGGGCCGGGGUCACGUCGGGGCUGAGGGCCUGGGGGUCACGUCGGGGCUGCGGGGCCGGGGUCACGUCGGGGCUGAGGGCCUGGGGGUCACGCCGGUGCUCUGGGGCCUGGGGGUCACGUCGGGGUCCUGGGUCACGUCGGGGCUCCGGGCCGGGCGCGCGCACCCGCACGGCCCACGCGUGUCCCCUGCCGUGCGCCCGGACGGCGCAGGCCCGGCCCCGCUCCCGGGCCGCGGAGGUCCCGGGGUGUCCCCGCGGGCAGUGGCCCCCAUGGCUCACGGGGGAGGACCCCGAGUGAACAUCCGGGCCACCGCGCCGGUCUGUCCCGCGUGCCGCCGCCCCGCCCCGCAGGGGCGUCAGUCUGGACGCAAGCGUGGCAACGCACGGACUUCCGGUGGCAACGAGGAUCCGGAGCAGCCCCUGUGCACGCGGGUCUCGGACACCACGCGGGCCGCCCCCCCCCCCCCCGCCCCCGGAGCGCAGGCGCGAGCGCAGGCCGGCUGCUGGCGCCCGGGCAGCGCCAGGCCAAGACUCAGGAGGCGGAAGUCCCCGGAUGUCCCCACAGCCCCUCAGAGCCGCUCUGACAGUUACAGAUGGGGAGAUGGCGCCAGUCCUCACCGUGGGGCCUCGAGGCCGCCAUCUCUUGGCUGUUCCCUGGCGAAGCGAGGUUGGGACUGGUGGCGGAGGCUCUCUGGUCCGGUCUCUCCCCGGCCCUACCGGGGACAGGUCCCGCAAAGCAGGCCUCUGGAUGUCCAUCCCCGGCUCGUCCUCCCUUCCCUUGCCUUCCUGGAUGGUGAUGGUCCAGCCGGCCCCGUGCGGGAGGUCAGGCCCACGCCAGUAGCUCCCACGCCUCUUACUGCCCUCCUCUCCCACGGAGCAGGGAGCCAAGACCCUCCUAUUAGUAGAUUUUGGCAGAAGGCAUUUGAGGUCAAACCUGGGACCAGAAAUCCUGCGGAGGCCUAA